ACCUCGUCCCCAGGGCCCUCUCGGCCGACUCCAAAACAAAAUGGCGGUUAUUGGUGCCCACUGUAUCUGGAAUAUGCGGUCAUAAUUCCACCCAGAGAAUCUUACGAUGAUGUUGAUUGGUCAAAAUGGAGAGAAAUUUCAACAAACCAAUGACACAUUGUGUUAUAUGAUACAGGAAGUGGAACUUCGAGCUGAUGGUGAGUGAACGAGCCUAGCCGUUUCUCAGAAAUAACUGUUGUACUUUGUUCUUUACUAACCCGUGAUGUCUAAACGGGUGGGUUUUUAGAACAUUGUUUGCUAUCUCUGUGUUUCUGAAUGCCUUGGUUUUCAUCGUAAGAAGUCCUAUGCACCUUUGAGAUGGGUAAUCUCGCAAUACUGAUGGCAUCUGAAAGUGAUGAAGAAAAUGACUUUGUCAUAGUAAAAGACCCAAACAGCAAGCCUGAAGCCAGAACCAUCAAUGGCUUGGUCACGGCAGACCUCACAAACUAUGAUCUUGUUACAUACUUCCCAGACUUCACAUCCAUUAAUAAUCUACAGGUUAUUAGAAUGCCAUCACAUUCCCUGGAAGAUAUUCCAGGUGAAGAUUGUAAAAUCCCAAACAGCUUCUGUAACAUGAAAUACCUUAAAAAGCUCUGCCUCUUUGGAGAUAACCACAGAAUAUCAGGCCUGACUUGCUUACCAAGGGACUUUGGCCAACUCCAGAGCCUAACAGAGCUUAAUCUGCAACACAAUAGCUUUUCAGUGUUUCCAGAACAGAUUUGUCAGUUAAAGAACCUGGAAAAGCUCUACUUAAACAGCUGUGGGUUGACAUCCAUUUCGACUAAUAUAAGUAGCCUCAUCAACCUUCUGGAAGCAGAUUUUAGUCAGAAUGACUUCUCUGGAGGACUUCCAGAACAGCUGUUUGAUCUUCCAAGAUUGAAGGAUUUGUAUCUUAUUGAAUGCAAGCUGGAUCAUCUACCACCUAAAAUAGGAAACCUACGACAGCUCGAAGGAAUCAGGCUGAAUGACAACUUCCUGGAAGAAUUUCCUGAUGAAGUUUUUAACUUAAUACACCUUAAGAAAUUGUCUGCCAACAACAACAGAAUUUCAAAACUGUCUCCUAAGGUUAUACAACUUCAAGAACUGAGAGUUCUUUUGCUAAAGGAGAACAAUUUGAAGUAUUUACCGGAAGAAAUUAGCAAGAUUCUAAGCCUUCAGGUUGUUAAUGUUUUUGAUAACAAGCUAACCUGCCUUCCCGAGACCAUUACUGAAAUGGAUUCUUCUGUGCAGUUUGUUGUUCAUGGAAAUGAAUAUUUACAGAGACCACCAUUAAGCAUUGGCAAAGAGGGAAUUGACAGUAUCAAGGGCUAUCUGGAAUCCAUGAAGAAGGAAAGGCCUGUACAUUCAAACCGCAUGAUGAUUGUGAUGUUUGGAGAAGCAGGGGCUGGAAAAACAUGUCUGACUAAAGCAUUGGUGAAAUCUAAAGCUACUGAUUGGUCAGAGGAUGAUAGUACUGUAGGAGUUGAGAUGCAUCACUGGAAAAUUGAGCCUGAUGGUCUAGAGGCAUGUAUUGUGGACCUUGCAGGGCAGCGCAGAUAUCAACACACCCAUCCUUUCUUUCUUUCUGAAGAAGCUCUCCAUAUUCUUGUAAUCAACUUGAAGAAGUAUCAGUGUAACAAAGAAUCAUUUAAACAAAAUGUUGAAGACUGGAUUGAGUGGGUCACGGCUCGUCUUCUGAAGCCUCGCAUCAUGAUAGUCCCUACCCAUAAAGAUGAAUGUAAAGAGAAGGAAGUAAUUGAGAAGUGCAAGGAUAUCUUGGACCGUAUACAGGACCAUGAAAAGAGAAAAGUAAAGCGCCUAGAUGCUGAAAUGAAAAAAUUACAGAGAAACAGCAGUCCCCUUAAAGAUAAAGGUGUUGAUGUUAGAGUUCAGCUGGAGAACAUUAAAAUGAUGAAGAAACACAGACCUGUCUUGUCGUCAAGGCUUUAUGUUGAGCCACAUCAAGCAAAAUCAAAGAAUCUUCAAAAGAUGGAAGAAGAAGUUGCCAACUGCAUAACAGUAGUUCCAGUUUCUUCCAAAGAAGAGCUGCAUGGAGUAAUUCCACUGAAGGAAGAAAUCAAAAGAAUUGCAAGAGUAAACGAUUUGUUCCCCUCCAUUGGACGGGACCUUCCACAAUCUUGGGUAGUGCUCGAAGAAGCCAUCAAGAAGUACCGAAAGGAUAUCAUGUUCCCCAAUAUUCCUUGCAUGACACUUGAAGACUUUCAGAACUUUGCUUUAAGUAAGGCAAAUUUGUCAGGAAUCCAAGUUUUGGCUGUGCUGAAGUAUCUUGACUCUGUUGGAGAGAUAAAAUUCUAUGGUGAAAUUGGAACGGAUCAGUACAGUGUGUUCCUGGACCUGCAAUGGCUGUGUCAGAUAGUAAAGUGCCUGUUUAGGCAUGAUAUUCUUGAAGGGGUUGGCCUGAAAUAUAAAGAAGAAUAUGAGGAAUUUGACAUGGAGGAAAUCAAGUUUGAUCAACAUGUGGAGGACCUAAUUGACAAUGGAGUGUUGUCAGAGAUACUUUUAAGGUGCAUUUGGAAGGAACUCAAUCUGGAUGAAAAAGAAUUUCAGAAACUAAUCAAAGCAUUAGUUCGUUUUGGACUGGCUUGCGAGCUGCCAUUGAAUCAAUACCAAGAGAAAAAAUUAUUGAUCCCUUGGUUUCUACACUCCGAACUAAGUCCAACGGCAAAAGAAGAAAAGUUUCCAAGCACACCUAACAGUGAUGUUACUGAAUACAAGCUAAAGUACGCCAUCCCCGGCUACCUUCCAGCAGGCCUGUUUGAUCGGCUUUGUGUUCAUAGCUAUGCUCUUGGAGUUGAUGUCAAUACAUGGAAGAAUAGUAUGUUGAUCUUUCUAGACAAAGACAUACAGAUCUUCCUAGAAGUACACGAUACCUGCAUUACAGUCACAGGACGCACUAAUUCUGAAUCCAAAGAAGAUCUUUGGUCUGGACUGCUUAAGAUUGUGGAGGAUUUAGAUUCAUUGUUAAAGGAGUGGCCUGGUUUGGUAUGGAACACUUACACAGUCUGUCCACAUUGUGUCAAAAGCAAAGAAUCCAAACCUCAUCACUUUGAAUGCAAGUGGCUGUUGGCUCAGGGACCCAAAAGUCUACGAUGCAAGAAAUCAAGAAUUAAGAAAGUAACAAUCGAGUUGGACUUGCUUGUUCCACCUGAAGAUUUACUGUGUCAAAGAUGCAAAUCUCAAAAACCUGUCUCAGAAAACGUUACAGAUUUUCUGAUAACAAAACUCUCUGGUUCAUUGCCAAAAGACUGGAAGACACUUGCAUCUUAUCUUGGUUUAUCAAAGGAUGAAAUAACUGUCAUUGAUGCAAAUGCCCAAAGAGUAGAAGAAAAGACCAACGACAUGCUUCAUAAGUGGAAAACCAAGAAUGCAUCAGAUGCAACAAGAAGUAAACUGAUCAAAGCUCUGGAAAAAACUGAAAGAACUGACUUAGUUGAAGUAGUUCAGAAACACCUAGAUGACUAGAUGUCUUGCGCAUAACACCAGGCAUUUUCUUUGGAUACUGAUGGCAGAAUUUUAUGCAUUGCUGCUAGUAUACGAGAAGCGGAAUCUUGAGAGGAUGUACCGACACUCCCCCUUAGACUAGAGCUAGAGCCAAGGGAAAGAUGGCUUUGUUAUCCGUGGUUAUUGCAAGAAUGUCGAAGUAUGCCUACCUACGAAUGAUACUCCAGUCAGGAAUUAUCGUUCUUGUGUAGAAUAUUCAUGUGUCCCAGUGAAGGUAGUAGAAUACUUCAAAAUGUUUAUAUUUUUGAAGAUCUAUAGCAUAGCAUUGCAGCAUCGGGUACAAGUAAUAUGUUCGAUACGAGCUAGGUUUUAAGAAAAAACAAUUUAGGGCUUAAAAAAUGGAAUUUAUAUAUUCGAAGUGCGAUUUAUUUGCUAGGAACUUGAAACUUAACUGUAAGUGAGUUGAUCAAAAUUCAGCUGUUUAUCUGUCUAUUUAAUCUGUCUUUCCUAAUUUUUUUGCUUACUUAUGUCCAUGCUGUCUUUUUGCGUUCAAGACAGUCUGGAAAUUUUUGCGUCCUCAUAUUCGAUAACGCCUUUCUUCUACAGUCGUUCUCAAUAGAAUUUACUGAAUCGUACAAUUUCAAUUUACCGACACGACAAAAUAGCCGGUUUGCUGGACGUCAAUCAAAGUAUUUUCCAUGACAUUGGGUAGCAUGGGUUCCAUAUGUAAAUUUAGUUUGUUUGAUGUGUUGUUUUCUCUUGA